AGGUUCCUGCCGAGGAUUUAUAAAUCCAUCCGUCACCGGGACUCUAAUCAGGAUGAACCGGUUUCUGAAGAUUGAUAGUUGGAUGAAUGUUGGAUCCUUUUGAGUGUUUGUUCAGAAUAACUUUAUUUGUUUUAGUUACUACUCCUUAGCCACAUGCCAAACAGCUAUUCUAGUAAAAACAUCUAAGUAGAUUUUACUCCACCUACUGUGGCGUAUUAUUUCGUGUUAGUGUGCUGUGCUGUUUGGAAUGUAACCGACGUUAUUGCAUUUCCUCUUUAUGAUGAGCUACAGACUGGUGCGUGUCGCAACGCCUCUGUAAGCGCGUGCUUCCGAUUACACAGUGCUCUUAGAAGAGUGCCAGGAGAGUUAACGCAUGAACCUGAAAAAUGAACCUGUCUUUAUUUAUCGUGCAGCAGUGCGAUGAUCACGAUGACAACAGGAUUGCUUCUGAACAGAACAGCGAUGGCCACUGGCUCUGAGUAAUAGGCGCUGAAUGGCUUCAGAAAGGUGAUCUGCUAAAGAUCCGGGACAACACCAAAACCAAAGCGUUUGCACUUUUAGAAAUUCGGAUUAGUAAUCAUGCGGAUUGCUUUGUUUCUUAUGACAGCAGUUGUUCAGGUAGUGUGUAGAGAUCAGGAAGUCUGUGAAAUUUUUCCGAGGAACCCAGUCGUCCCAUAUGGUUCCAAUUUAACAAUGUUCCUCAGCACUCCAUCCAGUAGUGCCUGCCGCUCAAAGACGUCGUUCAAUCCCAGCAGAAUCUUCUGGACUCUCAAUAAGAGGAAAAUAGAUGAGAGGUUUUAUGACUUCAACUCCACCUUCGCCUCUGUGUCCAUUCGCAAUCUCUCUGUAGAAAAAGGCACAGUGGAGUGUUUUUUAAACGUUACUACCCCUGUCCUAUUGCAUGGCACCUUCAUCCAGACAUACCCUCUUGUCAGCAGUCCCCAAAAUGUCUCAUGUAUUGGAAAGAUGAAGUCUGAUCCUGAUCCACCUUGGCCCAGAAUAAUCUGUAUGUGGGAUCAUGAGCAAUACAAUACAGAUAUAAAGUACACAGUCCAUCUGAAGCAGAAAGAAGAAUAUAGUUGUGAAUCACGGGAGAAAAAUUGUGCAUUCCCGGAUGAUGUGACUGUACUGUUAACUAGUAGACUGAGCAUAAGUGUGAGUGCACAGAAUUCCUAUGGACAUUCAGCUCGCUCCAAUGAAGUUACCUACAAUGAGGGUUGGGCUAUUGUUCAAAUGGAUUCACCAGGAGAUGUUAUCGCUGAGCCUUUGCCCACCGGUCUCAGAGUGUCGUGGAAGUUUGAACAGCAAUCAUGGAUUGACGUGGAGGAUACGGAGUGUGAAAUACGAUUACAUGAAAACGGUUCAUAUACUGAGCCUGUGGUGAAAAGCGUGAAAAUCGGCUUAAGCAGUGUGGAAGUGACUGAGGUGAAACCAUGUACCAACUAUACAGUGUCGGUGCGCAGUAGGUUUCUCGGCUCAGUCUGGAGCCCAUGGAGCCACGCUGUUACAGCACUCAGUUAUCUCAAUGUCAGUAGCUUACAGUUCCAUCUCUGGAGAUCCAAAAGUGUGUUGGGUAACAGGGGGAGAAGAACAGUGCACCUUAUGUGGAAGGGAGUCCCACCAUCAUGUAAAGCUUUUGAUGAAUAUUGUGUCUUCUGUGACUCUCUGAGGCUUCCCGAAUGCUUUGGGCCCUACCAAAGUCAUACGUUUGUUACUUUAGAUGAACAUCCACACAGAAUAACUGUGGCUGUGUUUCGCAAUGAAACGAGUCUCAAUGAAGCUUCUAUUGAGGUACCUGCCAUGGCAGAAGAGGUAAAUUUACCUCCGGUUAGGAAUAUUAGUGUGUUUGUCCAACAUGGAUAUAUCCAUAUCACCUGGGAGAAGCCCAGUCUUCCUGUCAGUGGAUAUAUAAUAGUCUGGAACAGUACUGCCGAAAACCACAUGUGGGAGCACACCCUGGAAACCAGUUUCAUUCUGAAGGGUGAUCCUAUCACCCUCUACACCAUGUCACUGACCCCACUCUAUCAAGAUGGUCCUGGAAAUGAAACUACUCUUCAUAAUUGCAGCCAAGAAGGAACCCUAACAGAGGUGUCUGGGGUCCAAGUGACUGGGGUUAGUGACACACACGCGGAGAUCCAAUGGUUGCCGGUAUUACCAACUCAGUGCUGUGCGUUUGUACUGAACUACACAGUGUUCUACAAAACAUACAAUCAGCCAAAAACCAGAAAUGUCACUGUGGGACCGAGUCAGCACCAUGUCAUUUUGGAGGACCUGCAGGCCAGAACAGCGUACAGCGUUUAUGUCAUGGCCAGUACAGUGGCUGCUUCUUCCAAGAGUGUGCCAAUCAUAUUCUCAACGAAGCUCAAUAAUAAAGUUUUCCUUAUUGUGAUUGCCUGCUGUGUUGGCCUGAUCCUGCUGCCCAUGCUUGCUGUGACGAUACAAAGGAAAUUCUUGAGUAAAAAGAUUCCAGACCCACGAUUCAGUUCUCUGUCCAUGUGGCCAUCAGACAAUUGUAGAAAGCCGUGGCGCCUACUCCCAGUGCCUGGAGGCAGGGACACAGAGAAAAUUCUGCCAUGUCAUGUGGACAAUGAGGUCAUCAGUGUUGCCCCAACAAGCAAAAACGAUAUGGCUAUAGUGAAGGCUUUGACAGAUAUCCAGAAUAUAGCAACACAUAAAACAACAUCACAGACAGAAGCCACCCCACUGGCUGCCAGUUUUUCUGAAAAAGGACAGCUGCCAUUUGGAGGGAAAGAGCAAAGAGUUCCUCCUGUACCAUCACUGGAUCUCCAGACUUCAGAAAUUUGUUCUCUCCCCCCUAGUCAUUCACCGUACAGGAAGCAAACCCCAAUAAGCAGCCCUGUGGAGUCGCCUACUAAACCUCAAUGGUCAGAUGAGACAGAGGCACUGCUGACACCAAAGCUCAAAAAUGCAACUUACUUUACGAGUUACGUAACGUUGGACAUGUUUGAACCUGGGAAACACCCAACCAAGUGACGUCUUUGACACAGUGGUCAGUUUUUUUUUAACCUCAUGUUAUUAUUGUGUGUCAUUACUACAGCUGUGAUGUGUGUAUCUAGAGCAUUCAGAGCAUCCAGUAACCAGUAAUACCCAGAAUUACGUUCUUUUCACACACAGGAUGAAUUAUUUGCCAAGUAGAAGGUGUUUUUGGAUCAACAAAGAAGUUAAAUUAGAAUAAAUUAAGAAAGCAUUCAUCAUAUUGGUACUACCUUCAUUUUUCACUUCCUUAGUUAAAAAAAAAAAAAAAAAGUUUAGCUAAAAUUGCAGCCUUAAUUACACCAUCUGACAUUUAUGUAGCAUCAGACAGUGACUGCAGUUGAAGUUAACUAGGUAGUUAGCUGGGUUAUGUCAGCGCAAUGCUACAUUAAAGUAGCUGGCUAGCAUACCUAAUGCCUCACUGUUAAUAUCAUAAUGCAGUUAACAGUGAGGUAGAGUUUUGGUUAGAACCUUUUUGAUAACUCAACCUAAAAAUGUUGCCAGAUAUUAGAUAUUUCUUAAAUUGUUUAGUUAUUAAAAUAGCUAGGUUAAUAUGUUACAUUAUACUCCGUGGCCAUGUUCCAAGCUAAAAGAUCUUACUUUUUUACAUCAGUUAGCUGCUAGCUAGCUGCACAGUGAAGCACAGUGAAUGAUGGCUACCUAGCUUAAUAGUAUUAUUACCUUGCAAGCAGUAGCUCUGAAGAUACACAGCUAGCAAUGUGUGCUAUUUAACUGUCUAAUUAUAACUGGUACUUUAUGAUUUUAUUAAGCAGUAAAAAAGGUUAUUACUAGAGAUGGCACCAAUCUGAUACCCAGGAUCGAUAUUCAGGCGAUACCAGCAAAAUGGUGCGUCAGAUAUCAGAGUGAUCCGAUCCAGAAUUGAGUUUGGAAAGAAUAUUUUUGGAACUGUAAAUGUUUACAUAUAAAAAGUCACUUGAUUUUUUAUUAUAUUUAUACAUUAUACUUUAUUCUAAUUGCAACAUAAAUGAUUUUUGUCUGAAAGCUUUGGUUUUGUGUAAGUUGUGGUUUUAGCUACGUAUUUUGUCCUGUCUAUUUUUUUAAGUUUAAAAUUUUUAUUUUUUUAUAAAUCAUUUUUAAAGAAAAAAAUAUCAGAUGGCUAUCAAUAACAGCUGAUACUCAAGUAUCUCCCAGUAUCAUGCCAACUUUAGUUUAUUAUUAAUAUCACAUGAUCAAGUUUGCAACUGGCAGUCAAUAUUUAACUUAAAGAAGCACAGCCUUCUUCAUGUGUUUCAUAGUUAAAAAAAAAAGCAAAAAAAAUGUGGAUAUUCAGGCAUGAAUAAUGUAUAGCUAGGAUGUUUAGAUGGCAUUAUCACUGCAUUUUAAUGGAAGAUUAUAGAGUAACAAUAAUUUCAUCUUCUAAGAGAGGAUCACAGAUGAAUAGUGGAUAAAAAGACCAGGAACAUGAGCUGACCAGAUGUCCAGACUGAUUUUUGUUGAUGUUGUUGUUGUUGAACCAAUGGACACUGGUAACUUGGCAAAAUCAGGAUGUGGUUGUAGAUACUCCAGACUUCAAUAUAUCCUCAAUGUUCUCAUAUACACUGCCUGGCCAAAAAAAAAGUUGCACAAUCUAAUAUUUUGUUGCACUGCAUUUAGCUUUGAUUACGGCACGCAUUCGUCCUGGCAUUGUUUCAACAACCUUAUGCAACUUCACAACAUUUAUUUCCAUCCAGAAUUGCAUUAAUUUUUGGCUGAGAUCUUGCAUUGAGGACAGGAGAGUCUAACCACUCCGUAAAGUCUUUUCCAGCACAUCCCAAAGACUUUCAAUGGGGUUAAGGUCAGGACUCUGUGGUGGCCAAUUCAUGUGUGGAAAUGAUUCCUCAUGCUCCCUGAACGACUCUUUCACAAGUUAAGCCUGAUGAAUCUUAGCAUUUUCAUCCUGGAACAUGCCUGUGCCGUCAGGGAAGAAAAAGCCCAUUGAUGGGAUAACCUGGUCAUUCAGUACAUUCAGGUGCUCAGCUGACUUCAUUUUAUUGCCGCACAAUGAGGCUGAGCCUAGACUUGACCAGCUGAUGCAACCCCAGAUCAUAACACUGCCUCCACAGGCUUGUACAGUAGGCACUAUGCAUGACAGGUAAAUCACUUCCUGCAUUUCCCUUCUUACCCUGACACGCCCAUUGCUUUGGAAUAGGGUAAAUCUGAUUUUAUCAGACCACAAGACCUUUUUCCAUUGCUCCACAGUCCAGUCUUUAUGCUCCAGAGCAAAUUGAAGUCAUUUUUUCCGAUUAGCCUCACUAACAAAUGGCUUUCUUGUGGCCACACAGCUGUUUAGUCCCAAUCCUGUAAGUUCUCAUCACAUUGUGUGUGUGGAAAUGCUCUUACUUUCACUAUUAAACAUAGCCGUGAGUUCUGCUGUCGAUUUUUUUACGAUGUGACUUCACCAAACGUUUUAAAGAUCUCAGAUUCAAGAUUUUUUUCCGACUACAUUUCUGCUGUAAAGUUGGUGGUUCACCACUAUUCUUCCAGGCUUUAAUAAUGCACUGGACAUUUCAUAACCCAGUUCCAGUGAUUUCAGCAAUCUCCUUAGUUGUUUUCUUUCAAUUUUCCCCUUCAGUAACGUCUUUUCCACGACCAUGAGAAACGUAAUCUGCCAUGGUUGUUUAAGAAAUGAGAAGCUACACACUGCAUCAGUUAAGGUUAAAAGAAUUGUUGCCAGCUGAAACAUUAAUCACUGCAGUAAUGAUCCAAUCAUAGGCUCUUAAGUAUUUGCUUAUUUAAACCCAAACAGCGACCUUUUUUUUUUGGCCAGGCAGUGUAUUAGGUUUUGUUUGUGUGCCUUGUGUUUAUCUUCUGUUGUACUAGCCACAUGUUUUUCUUGCAAAUGGACUCUAGUACACUUGUUACCUCUGGCUGUGUUUGUGCAUGUCCUGAAGCACAUAUGGAUUAAUGAACUCAAAGAGAAAAAAGACUGAUUGUGAUAAAUGAACCUUUAUUUCUCAUAUGGUUACUACAAAGUGUAAUGUCAGUGAAUACUUUUCACAAGAUACUAGAAAUGGAUAUGUGAAAAAGCAUGCAUUAAACAGGUCUCCUGCUCUCUAACUUCAAAA